AUGGCUUGUGAGACAGCAAAGGAAUCUUGGGAGAAACUUAAGGAAGAAUUUGGAGGAAGUAGCCAAACCAGAAACAUGCAAGUCUUGAACCUAAGGAGACAGUUUGAGACAUUGAAAAUGCAAGAGGCUGAAGUGGUUAAGGAGUAUGUAGAUAGAUUAAUGAAUGUGGUUAACAAGAUGAGGUUGCUAGGGAAAGAGAUAACUGAUAAAAGAAUUGUAUUGGUAAGCCUACCCGAGAGAGCUUGGCUAAUCGAUAAUGGAUGUACAAACCAUAUGACACAUGAUCUGGAGAAUUUUGUGAAGUUGGAUCAAGCAUACCAGUCAAGUGUAACGGUGGAAAAUGGUGAAUUUGUGAAGGUUAAAGGCAGGGGAGAUGUGUUGUGCAGACCUUGA